AUGCUGCGGCAGAAGUCGGUGAUUCCACCCGAAAAGGAAGAGGAGCUUGAGAAGAAGGCGUAUGAAGCCUUGCAGGGCAUUGAGGCGGCCAUGCUGCUGCUGCCUGAAAGGACAACGUCAAUGGCAUCCCUCAUGGAACUGGCUUCAAUCCAGGGCUCUGGUCGGGACAGCUCUUCUGGUGAACAGGAGGACCAGGUCUCGCAGCUCAAGCAUGAAGUGUUUGUCUUCAAGGCAGCUGCAAAACAACUGGGCUUGAUGCUCAUGCUCCGCAACAAGGAGAUUGAAGCUCUGCUGCAGGAAGCUGACUUCUCCUUUGGGGAUUAUCAGCCAGACGAAGACAGCACAGGUGUGGCAGACUGGAGGAGGAGGGCAGCUGAAGCAAUGCAGGAAAUUCAUGCAACCUUCAACCAGGAAAGCGAGAAUCUGGGGCAGCCCUCAGAGAGCCCGGUCACUCUGCAGCUCUUCAUCGUCAGCCAAGAGGGCGCUGACAUGAGCCCUGAGUCUGCUAUUGCUGGCUCAGCAAAGCGGCGAAGAAGCUCAGGGAUCAGAAGAACUCUCCUUGCCCAACUGCAGCUGCGCUCGGAGCAUCUGGAGCAGCAGCUGGCUGCGUCCAGAGAGGAGUGUGCCGCCAUCAGCUCCGGCCUGCUUCAGGCCCUGUCAGGCAUCAGCCGCCGCUCAUCCCAGGACAACCCGGCAGAUAGCGCGAGCCGGACCACAGAAGUCGCCACAGCGGCGGAUGCUGACGCGGCCAGCGAGCCUAUUCAGGAGCAGGUGCAUGCGCUGCAGCAGACCUGCACCCGCCUCGAGCAGGAGCUGGCCGCAGAGAAGCUGCGCAGUGCCGAGUUGCAAGACGCCUUCCUGGCGGCAGAACACAAGUCUGCAGCGCUCGGCAGCCAGCUCGAGGAGGCCCGCGCCCUGGAGGACGUCAAACGGGCAGCGCAUGCCGAUGACAAUGGCACCCAGUCAGAGGCAGAUUCGCUGAGGGAGGCAGUACAAGCUCUGGAGACACGCUGCAACACACUCGCCAGCGAGCGCAACAACCUGCGCCAGGCCCUGUAUCUGGCUCAGCAGCGCGCUGUGCAGCCCCAGAUUAGUACAGACCUGCAGCCUUCCAUCAGUGAUGGCACACCAGGCAAUGGUGAUGUGAUCACUCCCGGGCAGCCGCUGGAUGCUGGCUCAGAGAGGGAGCUUUCAGUGGUUCAUAAUCCGCCACUGGAGAGCGGUGCCAAUGUGGCAGGCGAUACAGAGGCCAGGGGAGAGCUGCAGGCCGACCAGGUGCUGCAGGAUGGGCAGCAAGCAGGCACAGCGGAGAAGGGGGGGAUGCUUGAGCCAAGGGAGGGGGCAGGUCCAGCACUUGCGGCUCAGACUUCUUCUGAACGCUCUGAAGAGACCCAGGGCAUCCAGGCUAUGCAAGAGCCGCGGCAGAUCCCCAGUGGUCUGGAUGGUGUUUUUGGACAGAACCAAGCAGCAGCACUGGUACAGCAGCAGCCGGCGUCAGCGCCUGGAGUGUCGCCUCAGAAUGACACGUUGGCUGUGCCGACGCAUCCCUACAUGAACGUGGGGACCGUGCUGGCCAUGGAAGCCUUCUCGGCAGCAGAGCGCGCCGCACAGUACCUCAACGUGCCCACAUUUGGCGCCUACACUGCCCCAAAGGUGGCCUACACCCCCAGCAAUGAUAGCAUCCCUCCACCCGCCGCCUCCUGCACGCAACCGGUGGAGGCCUCCAAUGCAGUAACGGGGGCAGCAGCCAAGGAGGCCUUCACUGUCAGCUCUGCUGCGCACCAAAAAGUGCUGGCGGAGAAUGCAGCGCUGCUGGCAGAGCUCGAUGGCACCAGGCAGGAAGCACAGUCUGCCGCGGAGGGCCGAGAGGCGGCUGCAUGGCAGCUGCAGCAGGCCUCCAGGGAGCGAAAACUCCUGCGCACCGCAGUGCACGAGCUGGAAGACAGCUUGCGGCAGCAGCUGGUUGCCCAGGAGCUGGAAGCAGCAGCGGCAGUGCCUGCUGGACAUGCAUCCGUGGCGCACUCUCCUGAGCCGGCAGUGACGGCCCAGCUGGUCAGCAGUCUGCUUGGCCAGAUUGACUUGCAGGCAGCCGAGAAAAGUGCUCUACUGGAGCAGCUGCAUCAAAGCAGAGUGGCGGAAGCGGCUGCGGCAGACCAGGUCCAGGAGAUCAGCUUCCUGCAGGACGUCUGGACAGAGAAGCUCGGCUGCCUUCAGGACGAGUGCGAUUCCCUGAAAGAUGCCCUGCACGAGUCUGGCGUGCACCUGCAAGAGAGCCGGCAGAACAUGUCAGAGCAGGAAGCUCAAAUAGCAGAUGUCCUUGCGCGUCUGGUUGAUGAGGAAGAGCAUGCAGCCGAGCUGGGCAGGCUGCUCGUUGCACAGGACGCCGCGCAGAUGUCACUGCACUUCCACGUCUCAGCUCUGGAGGAAGAUGUGAACGUGCUACGCGAUGAAGCAGCAGAGCAUGCCGCUGUCACCGCCGAUCUGACCGCCGAGUGCCGAGAAGCUCAAGCUGAGCUGGCAGACCGCUCUGAGCGGGAGGCCACCAAGGUGGAUGACUGGGCGUCCCAGCUGGCCUCCAGCGAAGCAGUGACUCUGCUCCUGCAACAGGCGCUGAGGGACGCUGACGAGACCAAUCUCGAGUGCAGGGCGCAGAUCGCUGCUCAGGAUGUUGCUAACUCGCAGCUGACCAGCGACCUGAGGGAGGUGGAGGACCAUGCAGCCGCACUCACCCGCCACAUUGUGGCGCUCGAGGCAGUGUACACAGCCCUUGUCGGGCAGCUGUCCGGCGCGCAGCAGGAGGCUGAGCGCCUCAGCGAUGAGCUAUUCGACAGCAAGGAGCUUAGCCGCCAGUCACGGAGCGGUGGGGAUGGUGGGGAUUCGUCCAUGCCAGGUGGCGCCAGCCUGGCGGCUGUACUGGCCAGGGCUGCAUCCUUGCGCGCGCAGCUGGCAGAGUCUGAGAGGCGUAGGGAGACUCUGGAGGCCCAGAUUCUGGACCUGGCGUCAUCCUCGGCUGCACCUUGGUCCGACAGUCCUGCCAGGGAGGAUGGCGUGGCGACUGGGCAGUUAAAGGUCCAGGCAGGAGCGGCAGAGGGCGGUCAGGGCGUGCAUGCGUGGCAGCGUGAGCUGACGGCGGCAUUGCAGGACACUAGAAUGGCGAAUGCCAAGAGCGCGGUGCUCGCGGCACGCUUGGAAGACUCUGAGACGCGCCGGGAAACGCUGCAGGCUCAGGUCAUGGACCUGGCUGCAGCUGACAGUGCCAAGGGGUGGAGGCCAGUCACCCCAUUGAGGGACGCAGCACCAAGAUCCGAUGUGCAGAGCCCAGAUGAACUGUUGCAGUCUACCUCCACAGCAGCAGAAGCGCCCACUGCUGCUCAGGACGUAGCUGCAGAGCUGGAAACUUAUUCUGGGCACCUGGCGCUAUCCCCUGUGAGCGAGGAGCAGCUUCGGCAUGAGGCCCCAGCUGGGCUCACAGAGGAGAUCAAGGCAUCUGAAGCAUCGGUUGCGGCGCUGCAAGCGCGGUUGGCUGAGUCAGAGCAUCAGCGAGCGGACAUGGAACUGCGGCUGAAGCACCUCACGGCGAUCUCCUCUGCAGGCAGCGGGGGCGGCGAGACCACCAUCAAGGCGAACUAUGGUGCAAGGGCAGAGGAGGCCGCUCCACCAGCCGUAGCAGAAAACAAAUGGGACGCCACAGCACCGCAGAGCAAGACAAUCCUGGUACCAGAGAGCCCGCUUGGGGCAGCAGAUCCGGCCGCCCAGAACGACUUCAUGGAUGAUGACGGGGCUGCAGCCGAGUUCUUUGAGGCUAUCAGCGUGUCUGGCUCACUGGAGGUCGCAGACCGAAGCCACUCUGCUUCGGUAGCCAGCCCCCAGGAUGUCAUCAUACCUGUGACAGCUACAGCAGACCGGGAUGCUGACAAUGGCUUCAUAGAAGACAACGCCUCUGCAGCUCAAUUCUUUGAAGCCAUCAGCUUAGCUGGCACAGUGGAGGUCACAGACUAUUGCCACUUUGCACAGGAUGAGGGAAACAUGGAUUGGGGGGAGAUGGAUGUCAUACCUGUGGCGGCUACGGCAGAUCUGGAAGUCCACAACUACUUCCUAGAAGAGACCGCAGUCUCAGCUCAACUCCUUGAGGCUGUCAGCUUGUCUGGCACAGUGGAGAUUGAAGACUAUCGCCACUUCGCCCAGAAUGGCCGGCACUCAGAUGGCGCAGCCGCGACACCGGUACUUGCAUCGGAUACAGAUGAGGCCGAGAAAGUCACUCAGCAGCUGCAGGAGCAGUUGAGCCAGACUGUAGAGGAGCUGACAAAGGAGCGGGAGGAGGUACGUGCGCUGCAGACAGCGCUGUUCCAGAGCGAGGCAGUCUUUGUGGAGGUUGAGGCGCAGCUGCGCACAGCCCUGGAGGAGCAGGCCCGGCUGGAGUUGGCCCUGGCUGCUGCUGAGGAGAGCCUGCAGCGCGCGCAGACGGCGGCCGCCGAUGCAGAGGCGGUGCAGGGCACUCUACAGCAGCAGCUGAUCACCGAGCAUGAGAAGACCGCCAGACUGGAGGCUCAGCUGACUGCCAGCGCUGCGCCGGUGCAGCUGGUGUCAAUGUGCCAGGAGCCGCCUCGGGAGGCCGCGCUCCUGUAUGAGCCACCUACUGCUGCGGAGUUGAAUUGUGUGGCAGCGGGAGCUGACGCAGAGGGGCGCAAGGAGAGGGAGUGGGCUGCACAGCCGCCGGUGGUUCUUCAACUGAUCGUGCAGGCGGGGCCGGAGCCCGUCAGGGACACCGCUGCUAUUUUAAUGAAGGAGGGAACACCGGUGGAGACUGACGCGGCCAGCCUGGGCUUGGAGCACAUGCAGCGCGGCAACGGAGGGGGCAGCGGCAGCGAGGAGGUGUCGGAUGAUAUGCUGGGGCUGACCGCGAUUGAAAUGCUGCCAGGGAGCGAAGCGGAUGGGUCAGCCUCCUCUGUUGAGGUGGCCCCUUGGCACGGUGCUGCUCCAGGGGUGGAGAACGACGUCGCAGCAGACGCGCGGCCAGUGUUGCUGGCAGGGGCGCCUGACACUCUGCUGUUGCAUAUUAGCGAGAGCAGUGAGCAAGCCGUGAUGGUGAACAAGGGAGGGCAGAUGGUUGCAUCAGAGGAACCACCUUUGCCGGUUGUUGUAGCGGAGGACUCACUGGCGACAGCACCGGCGACAGGGGAAUCUGCUACACUCCCAGAUGAUUCGGUUAUUGUGGACUCAGCUGACAGCUUGUUCAAUGCUGGCGGAAGUGAGGACCCGCUGUCAGAGCCGCAGCAGGGUCCAGAGGCCUUUGCAGUGCUGUGCUGCGAGGUCUUCGAGCCGCGCUCUGGCAGGGAUCGUCCUGACAUCGCGCGCAUCACCGAGAACCCCCUCUUCACGGCUGGCCCAAGCAGGGUGACCGAUGACGCGCCGCCGCCCGUAGCAUUAGCCCCUGACGUGCCUGUGGAUAUCCCCAGCGGUGCAGCAGCGAGCAGUGAAGCAACUGCAUUCAUUCAUGGCAUGAAGCAAGUGCCGGUAGGAGAUGCAACUCUGCCGGAGCAAGCAGACUCGCAGGCAGAGCGCACAGUGGAGGCCCGCAAGGUGACAAUUUCAGCAGAUGAGAUUACAGAAAAGCAAAGGAUGAUGCGGUCACUUCUGGCAGAUGCACUCUUGUCGGAGCAAGCAGAUCCGCAGGGAGAGUAUACAAUGCUUGCACCUGAGAUCACCGCUUCAAGUGACGCAUUAGAGCCUUUGGAGCCUGCAGCGCCAGCAGAAGACAGCCGCGCCGCUGAAGCUGCAGCAGAGGAGGCCGGGUCAGACCACGAGAAGACUCUGAGGGGCCGGCACGCUCGCAGCAUGGCCAGGAAGAUCAGGGAAAGCUGGGCCUCGCUGCAGCAGGAGCAAGCGGCUGAGAGCAGUUUGGAGCAGCGCGACGCAGGGGCGGAGACAAAUAGAGAGCGACGCGUCAGCAGUGUGCAUGGUGGCAAGCCUUGGUCUCCGCCCAGCAUCAAGGACGCCAUGGCUUUCAGCAGGGCCCCAGGCAGGCGGCACACUGAUGAAGGGGAGAUUGAGGACAUCACGGAUGUCAUCUAUGCCAACUGGGGCACCGUGACCGAUGGGCAAGACAAGUCAGGGUUGUGGCGCAGGGAGGAUGGGGAUUGGCUGUUGCUGAGGUGUGCUGAGCUGGAGAGGGCGCUGAAGCAGGCAGCGCUGAGAGUGACGGCCCUGGAAGGUGACGCCACUGCCGCCGCCUCCCACAUCUCCAUCCUGCAGGCCGAGAAGGCCGCCCUGACUGCCAAGCUGGCAAGGGCAAAGCAGCGCAGGCCGGCAGCAGGGAGGCAGGCCCAGCUACAGAGCGCCGGGUCAGGCUCCAGUGCAGACGGCGCUCCCAUUCCUGACAGCGUGGCGGUGGCGCAGCAGGCUCGCAGCACUCAAAGCGCUGCUGUGACUGGGCCCCAGUCAAAUAUCCAGUCAACAGCACAAGGCAGUCAGACUGAACCACUUGCAGAAGUGGACAUCAAUCCUCCAGGAAAUGCAGAGCAGAGCGCCAGCAUCAGCCUGCAGCGUGACACAAUAGAGCAGUCAGAGUUUUCAGCCAAGUCCACGGCUGCUGCAGCUGAUGAGACAGUCAAAGCAGUCGGGGAUGUUCCUGCCAUUGGGGAGCAGCAGGUGACAGCAGAGAACAAGCAGCAGCUGGCAGUAGAGCUUACUACAGAUAGUCAGAGUGCCAGCUUGGAUGCACCCCAGGCACAGCUCAUUGAGACGGUCACGCAAGAGAAAACUUCUGUGGCAGAGGCAGAAGGCGCUGCUACAGGGGGACCAGAUGUGGCACUGGAGGCGUACCUGUCGCAUGUUCCAUCAGCGAAGACACCCUUUGCUGAUGAUGAGGUGCUGGCCAUGAACGUGGCAGGUGUUCCUGUCAGCAGCGCACCUGACAGCGAGAACAGCAAAACAAGUGUAGCCAAGGGAAGGGCAACAUGCGAUGACAACGUACGGCUUGCAAAGCUGGCGCAAGAGACGGAGGCGCUGCGCGCGAAGAUGGCGGCGGCCAUCGCACUCAUUCGCAGCCUGGAGGCCGAGAAGGCCCUUGCUGCACGCGAGCUCGCCGCUGCUUCCAGCACCACACAAGCAGAGGAUGAUGGGGCGGCAGAGGACGCGUCAGACACCUGCUCGCAGUGCUCAAGCACUGGGACCAGCCGUCAGGGGAAGUCUCCCAGGGUGCAUCAGGGACGCGCGCCCUCGAAGGGCCAGGCCCGCCGUCCACGGGGCAGUCUCAGCGAGCUGGGAGCGGUCACGGAGGAUGAGGGUACAAAAGUGGCGUGGAAUCCGGCGGUGCAUGCAGCGCCCAGCUUCAACCGGCUGCAGCAGAUGGCGCGUACCAUCUCUGAGCUGCAGGCAGAGGUGGCUCUGUGGAAACGCUCUUCACAGGGCGCCCAUCAGGAGAUGAAGAAGCUGUUCCGCUCGCUGAAGGAGAAGGGGACCAUAAUCUCCAGGCUCGAGUCCCAACUGUCGACGGGCUUCUGA